AUGGAUUUGGCAAUUCCAAGUCCCGAGCCGCCGGGCUGCUCCCUGCUGCAGCGGGCCGUGGCGCUCCUGCAGAGCUCCUCGCUGCACUCGGGCUCCCAGCACGGAUUCCAGUACAGCCGCGCCAUCCUGGUGGAAAACGAGCUUUUCCUCAGCGAGCUCCGAGCUUUUGCACGAGCCAAGGCAGCUGCAGGAUACAGCCAGGAGGAGCUGCAGGAGACCUUUGCAUUCCUGCUCUUUGACAAGGAGGAGGAGGCCCAGCGGGUGUGUCAGAGCGGGCUCCGUGUCAACAGCAGCAACAUCUCCACCCUGGGGGACCCUGCCAAAGGGGUUUAUAUUUCCAAGUAUUCCGACUGCCUCCAUGCCAGCCCUUGGCACCAAGGAAAAUCAGGAUUUAUUGUCAUCUGUAAACUCAUCAAGGGCAAGGUGCGGGCGCUGCCCGCGAGCGCCCCCAGCGGCUCCCCCGGCCCCUCGCCCGGCUACGACUGCCACGAGGCCACCGGCAGCAGCCAGUACUACGUGUACGAGGUGAGCGGGGCGGCGGCGGCCGAGCGUCCCCGCCAGGUGUGUCCGUACGUGCUGCUGGCCUGCCAGUACCGCCCGGCCCGGGAGAUGGCCCCGCCCAGCCCAGCGGAGCGGAACCACCAAGAGCCGCGGUCGCUGUCGGCGCCGUGCCCGUGGCGGGGCCAGCUGUGCAUCGGGGGGCAGCGCCUCUGCACCAUCGGCCUGAGGAGCCGGCACAGCGCGGGCUUAGUGCCCGCCCAGCUGCCUCCCAGCCUGGACAUCAAACACGUGAUGGGAUUGUCUGACUUGAAGAAAAAACUGCCAGAAGCUGCAUUUGGGAAAAAAAAUUACACUGGGAAUGAAGUCUGCUUUCAGGGAGUUUAUUCCAGUCUCUACGAGGUGGAAAUAUCCAAUAAGGAUCAAUCCAAAAUGGAUCAGCUGGUGGAAAAUCUGAAGGAGAAGGACUUGGCAAUCAUCAAAUAUUUACAGGACCAAGGAAUUCUCAUCCUGCUCACCUCCUCAGCCUUGGCACGGGAGGAUGGCCUGGAGCCCAAGGAGCCCGUCAGCCUGCUGGCCCUGUUCCUGUUCCGCUCGCCCCGGGCCCUGAGCCCCCGAGUGGAAAAGCAGGACCCAAAGGAUGGGAAGGCGGGCAGUGCCAGGAAUGCCAUCUCCCUAAAAAUCGCUUCGGUUUUGCCGGGACUCCGCUACGCCCUACGGAAAGCAGCCAGCUCCUCCUGGAAUGCCUCAGGCAUCCAGGAGCACCUCCAGGAAUUUGCAGAACUCCAGGAAAACUCCCAGCCCAGCCCUGGGCAGGGCAGUGACGUUCCCGUUGCUCCUGUCCCCUCUCCCUGCCAGGAUGGGGACGCUGACCCUUCCCAAAAGCUCUCGGAGCGAUCCCUGGCCCAGCUGCGCCGUUACCUCUGCGACCCCAGCAGCUUCACCCUGGGCAUCUCAGCAGCCUUGCAGUGUCUCACUGGGGCUGCCAGGAAUCUGGGAGCUGAUCCUGGGAAUUCCUCCUCCUCCUCAGUGCCCCCAGAUCCUGCUUCUCCCACCAGAAAACUGCGGGAUACGAGAGAGCAUCCCAGUCCCGCUCCGGAGAGAAUCCCAAAAAGCAUCACCUCUCCCACCAAGCCCUGGGGCCGGGAGCUCAGGAGGAAAUCCAGAAGGAUCCUCAGGAAGAGUGCGCCACCCCGCAAGGCACAAACCCAUCCUGGGGAGAACAACAGCAGGAGCAGGGAGGCAGCCAAGAAAAAAGCCAGCCUCGCUUCCUCUUAUCCCAAAAAAUCGGGAUCCACGGGCAAUUCCAACGAGCCCAUGCUGAAAUUGGCCAAUUUGCAGUUGCCACAUGGAAGGAAAAGAGGUGCAGAGGUCCUGGCUGCAGAAAUUGUCCACACACCCCAGUGUGAAGGUGCUGAGAAGGAAAUCUCAGCUCCUGAUGGUCCUGGCAUGGAGGCAAAGAGGCCAAAAACCCUGGAAAACCAGGACUCCAAGAAGGUUCCUGCCACAGAGAGUGGCACAAAGCCAGGGAAGAGCAAAAUGCAGAAAAACGUGGAAAACAGAGCAUCAAAACCUCCGGAGAAGCAGCAGGAAGAGAGCGAGAGGAAGGAGCAGCUCUCGGAGGUCCCGAGUGAAGCCUCAUCCCAAACCCCCGGAGCAGAACCUCCAAUGAACCUUCAUCCCAUGGCAAUUCCCAGUGGAGCAGAACCUCCAAGGAACCUUCAUCCCAUGGCAAUUCCCAGUGGAGCAGAACCUCCAAGGAACCUUCAUCCCAUGGCAAUUCCCAGUGGAGAAGAACCUCCAAGGAACCUUCAUCCCAUGGCAAUUCCCAGUGGAGCAGAACCUCCAAGGAACCUUCAUCCCAUGGCCAUUCCCAGUGUUCCAGAACCUCCAAGGAACCUUCAUCCCAUGGCCAUUCCCAGCAUUGAGGAACCUCCAAUGAACCUUCAUCCCAUGGCAAUUCCCAGUGGAGCAGAACUCCCCAGGAAUGUUCAUCCCAUGGCAAUUCCCAGUGGAGAAGAACCUCCAAGGAACCUUCAUCCCAUGGCCAUUCCCAGUGGAGAAGAACCUCCAAGGAACCUUCAUCCCAUGGCAAUUCCCAGUGGAGCAGAACCUCCAAUGAACCUUCAUCCCAUGGCAAUUCCCAGUGGAGCAGAACUCCCCAGGAAUGUUCAGCCAAUGGCAAUUCCCAGUGGAGCAGAACCUCCAAGGAACCUUCAUCCCAUGGCCAUUCCCAGCCUUGAGGAACCUCCAAGGAACCUUCAUCCCAUGGCCAUUCCAAGCAUUACCUUUACCCUGCAAGGGGACAACAGCGACUCCCACGCCCUGAACCUCCUGGCUGACCUGGCCCUGGGCUCCUGCAUUCCUGCCUUUAUUCCCAAGGAUUCUGGGAUAAUUCCCAUGGAAUCUGGGGAUUCCUGGGAGCAGCAGAGCCCUUCCGACCCCAAAUCCCCGCGCGUGCCUCCCGACCACAAAUACCACAGGGCGGACAAGCAGGGCAGAAAACCCACCUCCACCUCCAGCAAGUUGGCUCUUCCUGAAGAAAUGUAUUCCAGCCAGCUGGCCUCUCCUCCCAGGGAAAAAACCUCUGGAAUUCUCAGCCAGAGCAGUGGGGCAUUCCAGGCGUUCCCUCCCCGCCAAGCUCCGCAAUCCCCCGAGGUGAACAAACACUCCAUCAUCUCAGCCGAGCACUCCUACGCCUCCCCCAUGCCCGACGAUCCCAAAACGUCCCCAAAUCCCAAAGAGAAUCCCGGUGCCGGCCCCAGGAGCGCUCCAGCAGCUCCCUUGGUGGGGAAGGUGCUCCCGUUCCGGCACCAGCAGAGCAGCGCCGCCGAGCCCGCCCGCAGCAGCCGCUCUCCCAGGAAAAAGGAGGAUUUCUCCAAGAGCCACACGGUCAGGCUCUGUGGGAAUUCCAUGGAGGUCACCUGCCGUUGGGAAGAGGAAUAUCUCUUCCACCUGGACAGCAGGUACACCAAUGAUUCCCUGGAGAAAACCGUCAUCCGUGCCCUGCACGGGCCUUGGGAUCCUGAUCUUCCCGACGAUGUGGAAGAUGUGAAGCUGAUCCUGCACAUGUGGGUGGCUCUGUUCUACAGGAAGCCCAGCAAGCUCCUGAGCAGCUCCAGGAAAGUGGUGGAGCACAGCAAUCCCAGGAAAUUUGUCUCCAUCAACAGCUCCGGUGGCUUCCUGGAGCUCAGCGACGACAGCCAGGACUGCUUUGGCUUCGAGACCUGUCCUGCAGACUCCGGCUCCGACCCUGACCAGACUCCCAGCAGCUCCCUGGAUCCCAGCACCCCUUCCCAGGGCACUUCCCAGCCCCAGAAAAGCCCCGCGGAUUCCCAGACGGACGCGGCCGGAGCUGCCGGAGCCGUGGACAGCACGGUGUCCUCCUCCUCGGGGGAGCUGCCCUGCGGGGAUGAGGAGGAGCCUUCCUCCACCAGCUGUCCCGAGAGCCUUUCCCUGCAGGAGGGUUCCAGGGAAGAGCUGGAUGGGGCAGGCAGGGAGCCGGAGGUUAUUCCCGAGGAGGGCAUUCCCGAGGAGGGUGUGCACAACGUCUCCAGCGUCACCGCGGAGGAGCCAGCCAAGGAGGAGCUGGUGGAUGCCAGGAUCACCCCCAGCCCUCCCGAGGAGCUCAGCUGUCCCAGCAAAUCCCUGGAUGCUCCAGGCACGGAAAACCCCGGGAGCCGAGCCCCGAAUUCCAGCACAGCUCCAAGGACAGACCCCCCCUGUGCACCUCAGGAAAAGGGGGAGCAGCAGCAGGAAAACCAGCAGGAAGCAGGCUCAGGGAGUGGCCCUGGCCCUCCCGAGGAUGAGGAGGCAAUGGGAGGCUCUGGGCAUUCCCUGGAAGUCGAGGAUGGCGCUGAUCCGCAGCCUGCCCGUGAUUCCAUGGCCUUGGAAGCAGCUCCUGGAAGUGCAGAGCCUGGGGGAGCCACUGAGGAAGGGGAGGAAUCCCAGGAGCCCUUGGAGCACUCGGAAAAGGAUGAGAGGGAGGUGGAGGAGGAGGAGGAGAAGGAAGAGAACGAGGAGUUGGAGGAUGAAAGUCUCUUCGUGGGCCCUGUGGGUUUGGUGCUGUCCGAGAGCAGCGAUGCCGAGAUGGAAUGCGAGCAGAAUCCAGGGAAUUCUGCAUCUCCAGAGGAGUUUGGUGCUCCUGAGGAGGACCUCAUGCCCAGCCCCACCUCCCUGGCACCCCCUUGCCCUGACAGAUCCUCCCCAGCACCCUCAGAUGGGGCUGGGACCGACCCUGGCGGCUUUCCUGAGGAGAUGUCACCAAACCAGGAGGAGCUCCCAGAUCCCUGGGACGCUCCGGGCACACCGGAUUCGGAGAUGGACGGGCUUGGAGUGGCCAGUCUGGCCGAGGUGGGGUCACCCCACAGCGACAGCGGGGAGCUGCCAGUCCCCCCUGAGCCCAGCCCUGUCCGUGGGGCACAGCCCGACAGCGUUACCGACAGCCCGGGGGCUGCUGGAGCCACGCUGGGGAACGGCUCGGAGCGCAAAAACCGGGAUCGGGCGGCCUCUGGAGAAAGGUGGGAGCCUGCUGGAAGUGCGGGGUCCCCCUGCGGCCAGGGAAUGAGCCUGGCCCUGUCCCCCGACUCCAGCUCCGCCUGCCCCACCUCUCCCGAUGGCUCCGUGGAUCCGUGGGCUGCUCCGGAGGAUCAGCCCGUGGAGAGCGCCCAGAGCGACCUGGGACGGAGCAGCUGCUUCUCCCCGCUGGGUGGGGAUGCCGCCGAUCCCAACCCCAAUUCCCUGGAUGUUGAGGAGCCAAACCGAGGCGGGAAUGGGGUUUUGCUGGAGGAGCAGCAAGGGAGCCCCUCUGGCAUCAGCACGGAGGAGCUGGAUGAUCCCGUGGGAGCAGGAGGUGGUCGUGACUCCUCCUUUGACUCCACAGACGUAGGAGAUGACUGCGGAGCUGAGGAGAGUGAGGAUGUGUUCCCUGGGGCGGAGAAUUCCCCUGGGAAUGGCACCACCAACACGGAGAUGGCGGAGAUCCCUCUCCACCAUCGCCUCCUGGAAUCAGAGCCCUCCUCCUCCAUCAGCUCAGUCAUUCAGGAGCUCCCCAGGCAGGAGCACUUCCCAAACAUCCACGGGGACUCGGCUCCAGCUUCUCCUGCUGCCGGAGACUCCAACCCUGGCAUUCCCACCAUGCCUGGCCGGCGCAAGUCGGUGCUGUGCCGCCUCUGGAAGCCGUGCCGGGAGGUGAGCGUGGCCGCCUGGAGCCCGCAUGGCUCCUUCCAUCCCAGCUGUUCCCGGGAGCCGCUGGAAUCUCCAGCUCCCGGCAUCCCCGUGGAGGCGGCAGCGGAGGUGGGAGCUGCUCCUCCUUCUCCGUGGGACGAUCCGGAGGCUGCGGGGCCGGAGCCAGGCUCGCCCCUCCCUGAGGCGCUCCCCAGGGUGCUCCCUCCCACUCCGGGCAGUGCCCAGUGGGCCGGGAGCCGUGGUAGCCCCGGGAGCAGCCCCAGGAGCCAGGGUAGCCCCAGGAGCAGCCCCGGGAGCCAGGGUAGCCCCAGGAAUUGUGUCAGCCCCAGGAGCUAUGGUAGCCCCAGGAGCUAUGGUAGCCCCAGGAAUUGUGGCAGCCCCAGGAGCCGUGGUAGCCCUGGGAGUGUUGGCAGCCCCUGGAUCCAUGGCAGUCCCAGAAGCUAUGGUAGCCCCAGAAACCAUAUUAGCCCUGGGAUCCGUGGCAGUCCUGGGAGGUAUGGUAGCCCUGGGAGUGGUGGUAGCCCCAGGAGCCAUGGUAGCCCUGGGAGCCAUGGUAGCCCUAUGGGCCGUGGUAGCCCCAGGAGCUGUGGCAGCCCCAUGGGCUGUGGUAGCCCCAGGAGCCAGGGUAGCCCGAGGAGCAGCCCCAGGAGCCUUGGUAGUCCCAGGAUCCAUGGCAGUCCCAGAAGCUAUGGUAGCCCCAGAAACUGUGGCAGCCCUGGGAGGUUUGGUAGCCCUGGGAGUGGUGGUAGCCCCAGGAGCUGUGGUAGCCCCAGGAACCAUGGUAGCCCCAGGAGCUCUGGCAGUCCCAGGAGCUGUGGUAGCCCCAGGAGCCUUGGUAGCCCCAGGAGCCUUGGUAGCCCCAGGAGCCGUGGUAGCCCCAUGGGCCGUGGUAGCCCCAUGGGCUGUGGCAGUCCCAGGAGCCAUGGUAGCCCCAGGAGCCAUGGUAGCCCCAGGAGCCAGGCAGGGGAUGCCGGAGGGAGCCCCGGGGAGGAGCCCUUCCCGCUGGAAGACCCGGAAGGAGGCAGCAUUCCCAGCCCUGCACCUUUCCCAGCCUGGGAGUGCGCCCUGGGCGAGCCCUGGGACGUGUGUGAGCACAGCCCUGAGGGAUCCCCGGCGUUCCCCGAUCCCGACUGCGCCAGCACCGAGGUGGGACAGGGAGAGAUUCCCGCUUCUCCUGUCCCGUGGGACGAGCCCAGGGAUCUCUCUGGAGAAAACCUGGAGUUCGGCGAUGCUGAGGAUAUUUCGGAUCUGCUCCCAACGGAAGAGCAGCUCCCAAGCCUAGACACACACCAGGACUUGGCCUUUGAAGAUCCAUUGGGGAAUUCCUUUGGUGGCUCAGACCAGGAAUAUUUUGAGGGGAAUUCUCACUCCCCUCUUCCCAGCACCUGCAUCAUGAGAUCCGUGGAUGCUGCAGGAGCAAGGACUCCCCGGGACAGCUCCUCCAGGAGCUCCGUGCACACGGAGGAGCGCGGGGAGCCCUGGGACUGGGACGUGCCCGGGGAUUACAGGAGCUUUGUGGUCACCAGGCAGUGCCAGGAGAGAGUGGAACAAUUCCAACUUCCCAGGAGGCACAGCCGCCGCGCCCAGGAAUCUCACCUGGCGCGCGCCCUGAUGGGGACCUGGAGGGACUUCGAGGAGAUCACCCAGAACACUUUGGACAUGGAGUGUCUCCGCUUCCACUAUAAGCUAAAAGAAAUCCUAAGGAAGGGCAGACCGCCCUUUUCUACCUCCAAAAGCAUCUUCCCGACGGCCUUCUCCCCGCUGUCCCCGCGCAGCAGGAGCCCCUUGCAGGUGACCAUUCCCCCCUGGGACGCGUGGGACGCCGGGAGAGGCCGGUGCCGGGCCAGGAGCCAGGAGCGCAGGGCUCCGGCACACCUGAGCAAGCUGCGGUACGAGUGCGCCCCGCCGGAGCCCCGCGGGGCCGUGGCCGACAUCCUGGAGGAGUAUUCCGAGUUCCAGAGGCUGCUGCUGGCCAGGAGCGAUGCCGGGAGCGCCGGGGCAGUGCCGGGAGAGCCGGGGGUUGGCCGGGCUGGGGCGAUCCGGGACGCGGCGGCGGAGCUGCGCGGGGCCCUGCGCUGCCACCUGCGCCGCGUGGCCGCCGGCGCGCGGCCCGGGAUGUUCUACCUGCUGGAGACCGGGCAGGAGCCCUUCUUCGACAGGGCCAAGGCCCUGCUGAAGGCUCAGGGGUUUGUGAGGACGGAGCCCCCGAAUUUCCGCGGGCACCGGGGCGGCGAGCGGCUGCUGGUGAUCAUCAGGAACGAGGACAUCGCCUCCCACAUCCACACGGUGCCGUGCCUGCUGGAGCUGAAGCGCUGUCCCAGCGUGGUGUUCGCCGGCGUGGACGACCCCGAGGAGGUGACGGCUGACACCUUCCAGGAGCUCUUCCAGGCUGGAGGAUUCGUGGUGUCUGACGAGGAGCUGCUGGAAAGGGUGACCUUGGGCCAGCUGAAGGAGGUGGUGAAGGUGCUGGAGCAGCUGAACAGGAGCGGGAGGUGGAAGUGGCUCCUGCACCACAGGGAGAGCAAGAAGCUCAGAGGAGACCUCAGCAGGGACGAUGGCAGUGCCCAGAAGAAGCAGCUGCUGCUGCGGUGGUGCCAGGGGGCAGAGCUGCUGGAGCCGCUGCCCUUCCACGGCUGCGACGCCGCUGCCGAGGGCCGGCGCGCGCAGUGCCUGCUGCAGCUGCAGGCGCAGCACGUCCGCGCCAGGUUCGCCGUGUACCUCACAGAAAAUCCCAGCAGCAGCAGCAGGGAGAUCCUGGAAAACAAAGGAAUUCUUGUGGCUGACAUCAACACCUUCCUCAGCACGGUGCAGAAAGUGGCUGCUCCCUUCAGAAGAUGCUACUGGUGACGGAGCGAGGCCACGAGGCCACGAGGAUGCGGCUCCUCCCCAGGCCCUGCGGCACCGGUUUGGGCACCCCGGGCCCGUGGGGGACAUCCCCCCAUCCAUCCCAGUCACUCCCAGUGGAUCCCAGUGAUCCCCGUGGAUCCCCACCGUCCAUCCCAGUCAACCUCAUCAAUCCCAGUGGAUCCCCACCAUCCAUCCCAGUCAAUCUCAUCAAUCCCAGUGGAUCCCAGUGGAUCCCCACCAUCCAUCCCAGUCAACCUCAUCAAUCCCAGUGGAUCCCAGUUAUCCCUGUGGAUCCCCACUGUCCAUCCCAGUCAAUCUCAUCAAUCCCAGUGGAUCCCCACCAUCCAUCCCAGUCAAUCUCAUCAAUCCCAGUGGAUCCCAGUGGAUCUGAGUUAUCCCAGUGGAUCCCCACCAUCCAUCCCAGUCAAUCUCAUCAAUCCCAGUGGAUCUCAGCUAUCCCAGUGGAUCCCCACCAUCCAUCCCAGUCAAUCUCAUCAAUCCCAGUGGAUCCCCACCAUCCAUCCCAGUCAAUCUCAUCAAUCCCAGUGGAUCCCAGUUAUCCCCGUGGAUCCCCACCAUCCAUCCCAGUCAACCUCAUCACUCCCAGUGGAUCCCAGUGGAUCCCCACCAUCCAUCCCAGUCAAGCUCAUCAGUCCCAGUGGAUCCCAAUUAUCCCAGUGGAUACCCACCAUCUAUUCCAAUCAAUCCCAGUGGAUCCCAGUGGAUCCUGGCUGCUGCUGGGGCUGGGGGAAAGUCGUUUUUAGCUCUGUACAUAAAGCUUAUUUAAAGGUGGGGAAUGCAAAUCCUCGAGGGAUUCAUUCCCUGCCCUCCAGUCUGAUAUAGGAAAGGUUCUUUUAACGGUACAACUAAAUUAUUGGAGCGGUUUCAGGUACUUCCAUGCAGGCAAACGAGUUUCCCGAAGUCUACUUGAAGAAUAGGAACGAGAACAAAUCCCUUUUCCGCGUGGUCGUUGCUGUUCAGGCCCACACUACAUUUCACCUCAGCCCCGCUGCCUCCUGCUGACAGCAGGGAGCCGGGAUGCAGGAACAAAAUAAAUAAGCUCUUAUUUAUGGGGGAAACGCCGGGACAGGGGCGUCCUUUUAGUUGGUUUUUAAAUCCAAGACUCCAAGGCCGUUCUGUACAGGAUGACUUUGUAAAGAGUUUGAUUAAUAAAACCUCCAAAAUAA